CCUGUACAUAGAGAGGGAGAGCGCGAGCGCUGCGCGUGAGAGGACAGAGCUCAUCAGCGGGAAUGGCGGAGACCGUUCGCUCGCUCUUUGACUACCGGGAGCCGCCGACGCUGGACAGCGACGGAGAGAGCAGCAAACCGCAGCCGCCGCGAGGACGUGGCUGUGGAAGAAAAAGGAAAGGGACACCAGUGAAAGUGUGCGACAGAGUCUUCGCCACAGAGGAUGAGGAAGAGAGCAUGUCAGAGAACAGCUAUGGACCAGAGAAAGGUGAUGGUCGUGAGAACAAACACGAAGUCCCUGCUGCUGAUGGACCAUACUAUGAAACACAGUCUGCUCAGCUCUGUGUGAGUGAGGAGAGCUCUAGCGGAGUGAGGGGGGCUGUCUCGUACCCCCCAACACCAAACUGCCGCAUUCGUGAAGUGCACUGUGGAAAUCAAGUGCGACUGAUUGUCAUAGCGAUCCGCGACAUCGCUAAAGGGGAGGAGAUCACUGUGGAUUACAGUUUGACGGAGUGGGGAGAAAAUGUUGCGGGUUUCCAUGGCACUGUGACUCCUAGUAGCUUUGAUUGCAGCUCGGACCACGAGAGCAACAUUAAAAAGGAGGAAGAGUCCAGCGCAGUUCCAGUUUCUGUGUCUGAAUACCUCACACCUUCCUGGUCUCUCUCUCCUUCCUCCUCUCCCCUCUCUCACUCUGAGCCCAGUGAUUCAGACCUCGACUCGGAUGAUGCCAAUGGAGAGAUGCACAUGCGAACACCUCACCACCGCAAGAGGCACAAAGCCCUCUCCUCUCCUGCUGUACAUGCCAAGAGAAAGGCACCUCAGCGACCCCCCAACCAUCCUCCCUCAUUUCCACUUUCCAUCCCAACCUCCCUGCUGCAGCCCACUGCUCCUUCCAGACCUGUGUUUAAGUGCCCACGGCCUACAGGAGUUCCUUCUAAUAGUGUCAGUGUGUCAGUGGGUCGUGGGCAGAGCACAAUGGCACAGAAACAGCGCUGUGUUUACUGUGGCCGUCACUUCCGAUCUCUCCCACGCCAUCUGAACAAACACCAUGCCCAACAGCCUGACGUGCGCUCUGCCCUGGAGCAAGCGCACGCCUCUGCUAACUCUCAUUGUGUACACUCAUCUCUCCCAUCAUCGAGCAAACAUUCCCAAUGCCCCCAAGUGGCUCGUGUGCCAGGUGUAGUGGUGGAAACGCCACAGUCGCCUCCUUCUUCUUCUUUGUCUCCAGUCAGAAGGAGCCCUGCCCUCUCUAGCCCUAGUCGCAAAAGUCCUGCCCCAUCCCUGACAACUCCUCCCAGAGCAGGAGGUGUUCCAGUAUCUGUGUUAAAGAGGAGCCCACCUACACCUGCUACUCCUCCAAGAAAAGGAGGACGAAAAAUUAAAAAGGAGAAAGAGGAGGUAGACGUUUUUGAGAAGACGAAAGAGGUAGUGCCCAUUUCAGUGUUUGCGGAGCAUGUGAAGCUGGCAGAAUCUUCGAAAGAAGAGAGAGAAGACAAUGGAGGGAGAGAAGAAGAAAGCGGAGCGGAGGAUAAAACCGACUUAUCGAGUUCACGUCGACCGCACAUGCUUCCACUUCUCGCCUCCCUCUCUUCCCUGGUGUUGUAUCUGCGGCGGCUGCAGCAUUCCGCCUUCAUUUCUCUGUCCCGCUCGCCACAGUCAGCUGAGGCCUGGCGUCUCCUCUGUCACUCCAGCCUGGCCCUUCUCAUCCUUUACAACCGCCGGCGUGAAUGUGAAGUCUCCAAACUCACUAUUUCCGAGUACCAGGCCCGCAUCACACCCCAGUACCCCAUCCCCAUGGCACCUGGUGCCCCACCGACUCUAACCCCACUCGAGGCCUCGCUCUCACCAUUCGAGCGGAUGGUCCUCCCCCAUCUCCCUCGCGUCGGGGUCCAAGGGAAACGUGGCCGCGUGCAGCCGCUCAUCCUCCCGCCACAUUCUGAGGCCUGUCUGGAGAUGCUUUUGCAGACUCGUGCUGGUGUAGGAAUCGAUCCACAGAACCCCUACGUGUUUGCCCGGCCGUAUCAUUCGCCUGCUACUCCCCUGCGAGGGACAGACUUACUACGCAGCUUGGCUCGGUCCAGUGGUACACGGCACCCACGGGCACUGACGCAGACACGUGUUCGCCGACAGGUGGCGAUACUUACACAGCUCCUGUUGUUAAGUGAGGGCGAGGAGGAAGGGCACCACGGGGCUGCCACACAACGAUUGGAAAGCUUUUUGCAGAAAGAGUAUCAUGUAACACAAAGCUGUGCAACCAUCGGCCAAGACCCAGGGCUGAUGGGUCUGAUUGGUCGGGUGGUACUAUGUGGAGAGAGAGAUGGCGUCUUGUUUCGAGGAAUGAGUUUACAUCACAUCUGUCUGGAGUUAGAUGUGUUGUCAGGAAACUCUGCUGACUCUCUGUCAGAGGAGUCAGAUGUUGAGCAGAGUAAAGAGAAACCAGAAGCACCAUCUCCUGCAACCACCAUUAUGAUGAAGAAAACCACAAGCAACAGCAAAUCCCCCCGGCCUAAGAAGAUGAACAGCAGCUCCCUGAUCUCAACGGGACGCAAAAAGGCCUCAGGACAGCCCAAGCCUGGUAAACGUGGUGUGCUAAAGCGGCCUUGGUCUGAGGCAGAGCGGGCAGCUGUUGAGUCCCACCUGGUGCAAAACAUUAUGGAGCUUCGUGUGCCUGCCAAAGCAGAUUGUGAGCGCUGCCUGGAGCUUUGCCCCCUACUGGUCACUAACCACCGGGACUGGAGGGCUGUUAAGUUCUACUGCCACAACCGUAUACAGCUGCUCAAGAAAACCCAGCAAAGGCAGAGUCCACCCACCCUGUCCGUCUGCUGAGGCUGUGAAUCAGCACGCUGCUGGGAAGGGUCAACCAAUAACGGCAGAUAUAUAAGGGAAGGAAUGUGAUAUUUACAUGGUACAGUCACAGUAAACAGUGCUAAUGCUUUAAUUAAUGUGUUGUAAGUGAUUAGUGUCCAGUUUCUGAAACGGGAAAUGGUACCACUCUGGGAAGCAGACAGAAAUGCACACUUGUCUUGUGUACUUUUCCAAAAUACGAAAACCACACUUUUUUUUCUUUGUCUGCACAUUACCAGUUUCUGUUGUUGGCUUGAAAGUUGAUGAACAUUUUUGACCAGCUGAAAGUCUGAAUGGCUUUGCUCUCCCUUUGGCUAUGCCUAUAUUUCACUAAUGACUGAGAAUAAGGCAGACUGAGCAAACUGUGCCUUUAUGGGAGUCAAACAUCAAUUUUAUUCACAUUUGUAGUGACCACUUUUCUGCUACAUGCAGAUACCAUAAUGUUUCAUGAAAUGAAAAAAUAUGCAUAAGAAAUAGAGGAUAAAAAGAUUAUCAUCCAUUUUUGUCUACCAUCUUUGCUCAUUAAAAUUACAAAAGGUCCCAAUGAAACUAACUUGAAUUGAAUUUCAUUUAAACCGUUAAGAAACAUAAUUCCCAUUUUGGGGGAAUUUCAUGAAUCCCAUUCCAUAAUUGAGCAUGAACUUUUUCCACAUUUUUAUUUUCCUAUUAUUUCAAGCCUUAUUUGAUUUUAAAUAAAUAGUUCUGUCCUCAUUCGCUCAUGUUAUCAAACCAGUAUGACAUUCCUUCUUCAAUAGAACACAAACUGAGAAAUUUUUGAAUGUAUUGGUCUUUUUUUUACUAUGCAAUUACAAUUAAAAAUGUCAUAUGGAUCGCUUUAUGACAGUUUUUAAUGCUUAUGCAUAAUUAAUCGUAAUUGCGAGAACAAAAAUGACCAGAAAUUUCUUUGGAAAUUUCUUUGGAAUUUCUCCUUUUGUGUUCCACGAAAGAAAGUCAUGCUUGUUUGGAACAACAUGAGGGUGAGGGUUUAUUUUUGGGUGAACUGUUCUAUUUAUUUCAGUCUGUUUUUCUGUUCACAUUAUUGAAGAGAUUUGAUCUUUUCCUAUGGAUAGUUCAGGAUAUUCCAUGAUAUCUUUUUCCAUAUAUUUCUCUGCAGAUAUUGAUUAGCUUGUUUAGCAUUGAAAAAUGAGCAUCUAUCUGUCCUGUAUUUCUAGAAAUGGACAUAAAUGGUUGAGCAGAUGAGUUUACUUUACUUGUUUGCUUUAUAUUUAUCCAUCAAAUCCAUAUCAAAACUUAAACUGUGUAUUGUAAACACGAUAACCACACGUAACACCUCAGUUUAUACUUUUUAUAUCUGUAUCUCGCCGUUUUGUUAUUUGUCCUUUCAGACUUUGCUAUGUAUAUAUGUAAACGCAUAUGUCAUUGCUAUUAGUAGUGGUAUUGUUAUUACUAUUAAAUAUUACUGUGGCAAGUGUUUUUCAUUUCCACUACAUGUACAUACUGACAAUGUAAAUAUUUGCAGAAAACAACGAGCACGAUGUAAAUACAUUGUAGGUGAGAAAAGCUUGUUUUUGUGUUGUCUGUGUGUUUUUCUAAGUUGUUUGAAAUAAUAAAAAUGUUUUGUUUGUAA